GUCUGUUAUUGAGGAUUUAUUUGAAAGUUUUUAUUACCUGACCUUGGUAGCAUAUUUUAAGCACAAUUCCACAACAUCAUUAGAAACCUAAACCUGUUUCACUGUUUGUGUUUUAACAUUUGUGAGGUAGAGACAAAACCAACUCAUAUAAUUAAUUACUGGUGUAGUAGUAUCCAAAAAGAAUAUUAAUGAUAAGAUUCUGUCUUAUUAACAAGUUGUAGAUUAUUUCUAAAUUAACAGUUUAUUAUCACUAGAGCUCACUGUUAACAGCUGAGUUACUUCCCUUCAUAAUUAGAAGAAGGCCUCUGUUUGACAGCAAUAAAACUAUAUUUUAGGAUAAUUUUUAAUUAUGAUUUUUCACUAAUUCACUAGUUGAGUUUUUAACGCCUACCUAACAAUUUCCAAAGCUUGACGAGAGAGAAGCUUUUGAAAUGUAGUAGAAAUAGUCAUUUGUUUUUUUUCUACAGUGUAAGUGGGUUGCUUCAUUAUUCUGCAUUUUAGCUUGUCCAUCUGUUUCAUAACAAGUUUCUAUUACAGUUUUUAAGAAAAGCUGCCUUGAAAUAUGUUUCUUAUAAGUAACAACGAUUUUAUCUGAGAAUGAAUCAUUUAUACUCGUUGGUGGAAGCGAUAAUAACUCUUUAUGGAAAAGUCAGGAGCUUGGAUAUUUGUUUUUUGGGUACCUAGGCUGGCACUUAAUUUUUACCUCUUUUACCAGAAAGUGCAGGGUGCAGUAAAAGAUUAUACACUGGAGAAAUUUUAGGUAAAUCAGUGUGAAUCAGCUGCCCCAUCGCCUUUGUUGUUUGAAGAUUUAGGAAGAUUUUGUGGAUUUCUUUGUAUUUUUAACAUGGAUCUACUUCUAGGGCUGGGUCUAUUUUUGAAAAGGUAUUUAUAUUUUUUCACACUUUACUAUAAAGCUGGUAUCUUUUUAUAGUGUUUGUCAAGUUAGUAUAAAAAGCACUGCUGGUCUAUUAAUCUGUAAGGUUAUAUGAACUCUGCAAGACUUAACAUUUUAGAGACAUAGAAAAGUGGGAUUUCUGGUUAGUGAUGUACAGGUCUUCAUGUAAUGCAGGUAAUGUAUGAGCAUUGUUGGAUGGAUCCUUAUAACAUUCCUGUAUGCUUUUUUGAAAAUAUGAUCUUGUUUAACAAAAUGGGAAACAGAGGCACAUGCUUUAUCCAGCUAUCACAGAAAAUAAUAGUUAGAAUCCAGAAAACAUACUCAUCUGAUUCAGUGUUUUGCCCAAUAGAUGGAAUUAGUAUUGUUUUCUUUAUCUUAUUUACCUUACAAUUUUUAAACAUUGUUUUUUCAGUUCAGUUUUGAUUGAUUCCUUUUCUUGUAAGUCUACCACUUAAAAUAAUAUAGCCAACAGGAAUCUGACACGAGGCAGAAUUGUCCUCUGAUUGCAGCUCUAUUGCUAUCUCCAUCUGUUGGUAUGAAGAAGUAGUGCUCUUGCCAGAAUAAGCAAGCUUAUUUUAAUUUUAGCAAAAAUAGAUUAAGAAAUAAGGAAUUGUGCUGUUAAUUCAUUUUCUUUCUUUGUGACAGGUAAAGUCAGUUGGAAGCUGCAAAAGUGUCAUAGGAAGUUAGCUAUUAUAGACAAACUGCCUUUUUAAAGGCUUUUUGUUAGUGAUAUUAAAAAUGUCAAAAAGAGUUAUUUAAAAAUUGAUGUAUUAACCAUGCCUAAAUUCCUUAUGGAUUGUUCUUUAAGGAAUUACAGAAAUAUAUAGUUGUCUCGACUUUUUUUUCUUAAACCUGGGAUCAAGCAUCAUUGUGCAACAAUAUUUUAAUAGUGAGAAAUCUCAAAACUCCUGACAGUCUUUGCAUAUUCACAGUUUCAUGGGCUUUUGCAUCAUUGCUUCUGAAUUGCUAAUGAAGAGCUCAAUAUAGCUUCUGAUGCAUUUCAGAUAUACUGGGUGGUGACUGGCUAGAGUGUUACUGACAUCACAACAUACAGCUGUUGACUUUCUAUUGUCUGAGUCCUUCUCAGCAAGUGCUUUAGACUGCUCUGGCAGGCACUCCCAAUGCCUGACUAAUCAGCUGGAUGUGUGCAGUGAGCUCUGUAGAGGAGCAAUGCAGAGCAUCAGUUUACAGGUACUAUGGAAAGUACAUCUUCUUAACUCUGUAUGAUGAAGCAAAUACCAAUACAAUGAAGGCCACGGAAAGGUAUGAUAUAUUUGAUCCAAGACAGUCCAUUUCAGUCCAGGAAUCUACAGUGGUGACAAGGACAUGGGACUCCUCCUGCCAGAUUACAGAUGGUUCACUACAAUUGACAUCCUGGCUGACAACUGUGAAAAAGAACCUUGGAUUGUUUUAUUUUAUUUUUGUGGGACACCACAAUCCCAAAUCCAAAGGACACAUCAGGCUUCAAGCUCCCUGUAGAAUUCGAAAAUAACCUUUGCUAAUGAGGAUGUCUGAUACUGUUACUGUAAAAGAUGAAACUGCUACAAUGAAGGAUUUGGAGCCAGAAGUGAAAGAUACAACCAGAGUUGAAGAUAUUAUCAAAUCAGAAAACUAUGGGAAGAUUUUGGUAGAGAAGAAUGAACAUUGUAUUGAGAACAAUAUUGAUUUGCAGCGGCCAUUGCAGUCAUUUGGACAGACAGGAAAAAGGUCUAAGUCAAGCUCAAAGUUAAAGCUAGUUCGGAGCCUUGCAGUGUGUGAAGAAUCACCACCACCCCCUGCAGCAGAGAUAUCACAGGAGAACCAGGAGAAAAUUCAGAUCCAGUUAACACAAUCAUUUGAGAAAGAAGAGAGGCCCUCAAAAGAUGAAGCAGGAAAAGAAAAGGCCAGUGAUAAGUUGCCCAGAAAAAUGUUAUCAAGAGAUUCCAGUCAAGAAUACACUGAUUCAACUGGCAUAGAUCUACAUGAAUUUUUAGUAAAUACAUUAAAAAACAAUCCCAGGGACAGAAUGAUGCUGUUGAAAUUGGAACAGGAAAUUUUAGAUUUCAUUGGUAAUAAUGAGUCUCCACGUAAAAAAUUCCCCCCAAUGACAUCUUACCAUAGGAUGCUAUUACACAGAGUAGCCGCUUACUUUGGAUUAGACCACAAUGUUGAUCAGAGUGGGAAGUCUGUCAUAGUAAACAAAACUAGCAAUACAAGAAUACCUGAUCAGAAAUUUAAUGAACAUAUUAAGGAUGAUAAAAGUGAAGACUUUCAAAAACGUUAUAUCCUCAAGAGAGAUAACUCUAGCUUUGACAAAGAUGAUAAUCAGAUGAGAAUACGUUUGAAAGAUGACAGAAGAAGCAAAUCUAUAGAAGAAAGAGAAGAAGAAUACCAGAGAGCUAGAGACCGAAUAUUUUCCCAAGACUCCCUGUGUUCCCAAGAGAAUUAUAUUAUUGACAAAAGACUCCAAGAUGAGGAUGCCAGUAGUACCCAGCAGAGGCGCCAGAUAUUUAGAGUUAAUAAAGAUGCUUCAGGGAGAUCUACAAAUAGCCAUCAAAGCAGCACGGAGAAUGAGUUGAAGUUCUCAGAACCACGACCCUGGAGCAGCACAGAUUCAGACAGCUCUCUUCGAAACCUGAAACCCGCUGUAACCAAAGCCAGCAGCUUCAGUGGAAUCUCAGUCCUGACAAGAGGUGAUAGUUCUGGAAGCAGCAAAAGCAUAGGCAGGCUUUCAAAAACAGGUUCUGAGUCUUCUGGUAGUGUAGGGUCAUCUACAGGCUCUCUUUCUCACAUCCAGCAGCCUCUUCCAGGUACAGCUCUCAGCCAGUCUUCUCAUGGCGCACCUGUCGUCUAUCCAACUGUCAGCACUCAUAGUUCUCUUUCCUUUGAUGGUGGCCUAAAUGGGCAAGUCGCAUCUCCUAGCACUAGCUUCUUUUUGCUUCCCUUGGAAGCCGCAGGCAUACCACCUGGCAGUAUUCUGAUCAACCCACAAACAGGUCAGCCCUUCAUAAACCCAGAUGGCAGUCCAGUUGUGUAUAAUCCUCCUAUGACUCAACAACCAGUUAGACCCCAAGUGCCUGGACCUCCACAGCCACCUCUGCCACCCCCACCUCAACAACCAGCAGCUAAUCACAUUUUCUCACAGCCUGUUCGUCCUCUGCAGUCCUCUUCACAGCCUGUUCAGUACUCUACAGUCCCUUACCCAUCCCCGCUCCUGCCAGUCUCACCCACCCAGCAAUACUCCGUGCAGGAUAACCUUGGGUCUCAGUUUAGCCACAUGAGUCUUGCUCGCCAGCCAUCUGCUGAUGGUUCUGACCCUCAUGCCGCCAUGUUCCAGUCCACUGUGGUUCUUCAGUCUCCACAGCAGUCUGGUUAUAUCAUGACAGCAGCCCCUCCACCACAUCCUCCUCCACCACCACCACCACCUCCUCCUCCUCCUCCCCUACCACCUGGGCAGCCAGUCCCUACUGCUGGGUAUUCUGCCUCUGGUCAUCCUGUCAGCCAACCUGUGCUCCAGCAGCAGGGAUAUAUUCAGCAGCCAUCACCACAGAUGCCAGCCUGUUAUUGUGCUCCAGGCCACUAUCACUCCAGUCAACCUCAGUAUCGCCCAGUCCCUUCUGUUCAUUACAAUUCACAUCUAAACCAACCACUGCCACAACCUGCACAGCAGACAGGUUAUCAAGUUAUACCCAACCAGCAGCAAAACUACCAAGGAAUAGUUGGAGUUCAGCAACCCCAGAGUCAAAGCCUAGUCAGUGGCCAACCCAACAGCAUUGGAAAUCAAAUUCAAGGAGUGGUCAUCCCCUAUACUUCAGUGCCAACGUAUCAGGUUUCACUGCCUCAAGGUUCUCAAGGAAUUGCCCAUCAGACUUAUCAACAACCUGUUAUGUUCCCUAAUCAAUCUAAUCAAGGAUCUAUGCCUACAGCAGGAAUGCCUGUUUACUAUAGUGUAAUUCCACCUGGUCAACAAAAUAAUUUAAGCUCUUCAGUAGGUUACUUGCAACAUCCAGGAUCAGAACAAAUACAGUUUCCUCGAACCACUUCACCAUGCAAUUCCCAGCAGCUUCAAGGCCACCAGUGUACAGCUGUGCCACCACCGCCACCUGGUGGGGGGAUGGUGAUGAUGCAGCUCAGUGUACCAAACAAUCCACAAUCUUGUGCUCACUCACCCCCGCAGUGGAAACAAAACAAAUAUUACUGUGAUCACCAGAGAGGACAGAAGUGUGUAGAGUUUAGCAAUGUAGACAGUAUUGUCCAGCACAGCCCUCAACUCAGUAGUCCCAUUAUUUCACCAGCUCAGUCGCCAGCACCAGCUCAGCUGUCCACCCUGAAAACUGUACGUCCCUCUGGACCACCACUUUCCAUCAUGCCCCAAUUUCCUAGACCUUUUGUUCCCGGGCAAGGGCUGCAUCUUCCCCUCCACUCAGGAGAUUCCAGGUAUCCAUUACUUGGCCAGCCACUGCAGUACAACCCUCCUGCUGUUCUGCACGGACACAUUCCAAACCAACAGGGUCAGCCUGGCAGCAGGCAUGGAAACCGAGGAAGGAGACAAGCUAAAAAAGCUGCAUCCACGGACCUUGGAGCAGGAGAAGCAGUUGUUGGGAAGGUCUUGGAAAUUACUGAACUACCAGAUGGAAUAACUCGCAUGGAAGCUGAAAAGCUUUUUGGGGAACUCUUUAAAAUUGGCGCCAAGAUCCGGUGGCUCCGGGACCCCCAGUCACAGCCACGUCGUCACCCCCUCUGCUGUGGCAGCGGGGACAACACUGUCAACCCUGAACGCUCUAAACCCAGUGACUUGGCCUCCACCUACACGGUCUUAGCCACAUUCCCCUCCAUUUCAGCUGCACAGAAUGCAUUGAAGAAACAAAUUAACUCAGUUAACAAGUUUAAACUGAGAACAAGCAAGAAGCACUAUGACUUUCACAUUUUGGAAAGGGCAAGUUCUCAGUAACACCCACCUUUGGACCCUUCACCUUUAUGGUUCCCCUGCCCUCUCCCAUCUUUGAUUGGCUUUGUAUUUGGAGCUUCUGUUAACAUUAUAGAUACUCCUAGGACGUGUGGUCAUGGUGUUAGCUUUUGAAGAAAGGCCAGUGAUCCAGCAAAGGGGGGAAAAUACGUAUUUCACCCCACAUGACUGUAGGAAUCCACAUCAGAAUGAUACAAAGUUAGCAGGUUUUUCUAAGGAAAUGCCGUUCAAAUGCCUCCUAACUUUUAUAGUUAUUUUGUUUUAUAUUUGUGAAUUCUUGUAUCAGAUCCAAAGCUCUAUUGUAUAGCAAAUUAUUCUUCAAAAUGAUUAUAACCAGUUGCAACCUGUAUUUCUUUUUGCAGCCAGCACAAUGUGACCCAACUUAAAAUGUGGGGGAAAAAGAAUGCAGGAGUGAAAUAACCAAGUCAAAACCAUGUACUGUCUCUUUGGGGGUUAGGGAUGCUAAGAAGAGACCACAAAUAGAGGAUUACUCUUCCCCAAAUCUCUAAACUCAGAAACAUUUGCCAAAAAAUACAGAACACUUCCCUGUAGGAUCCUUUCCUUAUUCAUUUAGGUAGUAUGAACAUUAAGUAUAAAAUAAAUUAUGUUCUUAAUGCCUCUUAAACCACUUACAUUAAAAGGAGAACAGGAAUCAUUCUAAGCCGGAAAAUACUUCCACUUUUUUUAAGUAUCUCUCUAAUAACUAAAUGCCACUUACUUGCAUUCCCCUCCUUGUGGAUUUUUUGUCACCUAAGGAAAUGCAUUUGAUGAGUGCUGGAAACUUCUUAAGUGGUUUACAGUUUGUUUUCGUUGUUUGCAGCGGAUCACUGGACAUCAAAGAUUCAUUGCACUUAUGAACAAGGAACCUUCUUUUCAAUUUCUGUGUAAUUUGCAAGGCUGUACAAUGUGUGCUGAUGCAAGCCUUUUUCAGUUCAAGAGAAUAAAUGUUUACAAAUAUAG